AGAUUGUAAGAUGGCGGACUGCGAGUCGGAGGUGCAGCGUCCGUCUACGAGGGAUGACGGAAUGAACACAACAGUGACGGUGAUGAACAACGGGCGGGUGCCGCAGCACCCGAGUCCCUCGGUGAAUCCCUCCGCGCAGGGGCCGCGGUGCGUUACGAUAUACAAAACGGAAACCGGGUUCGGUUUCAACGUGCGCGGUCAAGUCAGCGAAGGUGGACAGCUGAGGAGCAUCAACGGGGAGCUUUACGCACCGCUGCAACAUGUCAGCGCCGUGCUACCCCAAGGAGCCGCCGAGAAGGCCGGAGUACGCAAGGGUGACAGGAUCCUCGAAGUAAAUAACGUGAACGUCGAAGGAGCGACGCACAAGCAGGUCGUGGAUCUGAUAAAAUCCGGAGGUGAUGUACUCACCCUGACAGUUAUCUCCGUCACGCCCCAGGAAGCUGAGAGGUUGGAGCCGAUCGAGGACCUGAGCUACGCGUCUGUCGACUACAGCGAAAAGCGAUCCCUACCGAUUAGCGUGCCGGAUUAUCACGUCCGAGAACGCAAGCACGAACGAUAUGUCGUCUUCAACGUACACAUGGCAGGCAGGCAUCUGUGUUCACGGCGGUAUCGGGAAUUCGCAGCUCUUCACAUGGCCCUCAAGAAGGAAUUCAUUGGAUUCAAUUUCCCGAAGUUACCUGGGAAAUGGCCCUUUCAGUUGAGCGAGCAGCAAUUAGACGGCAGGCGCCGUGGGCUAGAACAGUAUUUGGAAAAAGUGUGCGCAGUUCGCGUUAUCGCGGAAAGCGACGCUGUGCAAGAGUUCCUGACUGAUCGCCUGGAAGAAGACGGUGACCAGGGUCCAGCAGUUGAUCUCAAGGUACUUUUGCCUGAUCGAGAGGUGGUCACAGUGACUGUGGCAAAAGCAGCUAACGCAAGGGACGUUUACGACGCCGUAUGCUGCAGGGUUGGCCUUGAUACGGACACAGCAAAGUACUUCUACCUCUUCGAAAUAGUCGAGUACAAUUUCGAACGGAAACUCCAACCACAUGAGCAUCCGCACACUCUCUACAUCCAAAACUAUUCGACGGCUAGCGCGACCUGUUUGGCGAUCAGAAGAUGGUUAUUCACACUGUCAAGACCACUAAGUGAACAGUCACUGACUUGGAUAUUUUGGCAGGCUGUAGACGAAGUCAACAGAGGGCAUAUUAGUGCCGGCGAAAGAUUGUAUCAGUUGAAAGCUCUACAAGAUGCAUCGAGGAAACACGAAUACCUGAAAUUGGCACGAGAAUUGAAUGGCUAUGGCGAUGUCGUAUUUCCGCAUUGUGCGUGCGAUUCGAGAAAAGAGGGACAUGUGGUGGCUGCUGUAGGUGCGGCCGCGUUCAAACUGCACGCGUGCAAGGAGGAUGGUACCCUCGAAUCACAAGUUGUAGAGUUUCAAUGGAAUUCUAUAGCUCGGUGGGAAGUUGACGAGGAAAGCAUGGCAUUUUGUUUUCAGUACACAAGACCGGACAAUAGACCACCCCGUUGGUUGAAAGUCUUCACGCCUUACUAUACGUUCCUUUCUGACUGCUUCGAUCGAAUAGCGGAAGAAGCCAAGUGGGAUGAUCCCGGAGAAUGACACAACGCCCAAGUGUAAACGGUUGGCUUUCAUUGAAAUAUUACCCUAACAUUAGAUAAUGAAGACCUUGGAUAUAUAAAAAAAAAAAACACAUUUGACAGACACGUAGAUGAUAUGGUAAGGUAUUGAAUAUGCCAGCACUUCGAUUUACAUUGGCCUAUGAAGUUAAGGCCCUGGUGAACAGAAACGGUAAGACUUAAUUGUUAAGAAACUUCAAGUAUUUGAUGCUGUGUUCGAAUAUAUUCAAAAAGAACGUCGUAGUCGACCUCACUGUCUUUCGAUCUCGGGAUGAUUGUUCCAGUAUAACAAAGUAGCCAAUGGACGUAGUUCCACCAUAUUAUAUUUCUUUGUUUCAUUUCCUUCUCAUAAGCGUUACGUAUAACUUGAAUUAUGGUAGUGUGAAAAUCUAGAUACAUACCUCUUUCCUCGGAACGGCGCAAGUAUUUUAAUGUUCAGAAUUGUCGUUACGGGGUAUAAUUAAUAAUAACAAUAAUAAUAAUGAUAAUAAUAAUAAUAAUAAUAGACUUUAGACCGGCGCUGAAGAACACCAUUACCCAUUACCGUUACCGUUACAAAGAAGAUACAAUAUUAAUAUGAGGAAACAAAUGAAUGAGGGAAUAUAUAAAUGAAUGAUUAAAUAAUAAACAAAUGAAUACUCUUUCCUAAUGAAUAUAUAUAAAAUGAAUAAUAAUAGUAAUAUUAUUGAUGGUAAUAAACAGAUUUUAGAUGAAAAUAUGUAGCGAAUGAAUAUAUUCUAAAUUGUCGUUAAUGUUUUAAAACUUUAUUGAUAGUUGACACAGGUUAGUGAAUCUGUGUGCGACGUAAUAAUGAUCAUUAUCAAUUAUUAACUGAUCACCUACAUACAAACGUUGAAUAUACCUUGUAACUGGUUCGAAAUACCUUACAACAUGUUCGUUGAAUUAGGUAGAUAGGCAUUAACACAAUGGCCUAUUUAAAAAAGAAUAUACAAAUAAAUGAAAGGAAAAAAACAAGAAUUAAUAAAUUUUAGAAAGUAAAAGUCUACGAAUAGUAUACAUUAAAUUAUUAUUUAUUAUCGCCGCAUAAUAGGAACCUACACCUAUACAUGAUAUGAUAUCACGGGUAGCGAUACUGUUAAAUAGCUAUUGCCUAGCUAUUGCCAAAAGUCGCGGUUGCAAUUUAAAACAUUCAAGCAUCUGCAAUUAUCUUUGUUGGUUUUCCCCGUGUUGAUUAGUGAUUAUUUACUUGACAUAUACUUACACUAAAAGUUAUACAAAUGUUUUAACAGCAUCUGCAGCAAGCUAUUUCAAGUAUUCUAAUUAUUUUCAAGUGAAUUAUGAAUUUACUGAUCUGACUGUAAAUAAGAUUUAGAUAAGAGAAAAAUAUGCUAUACGAUUAUCUUUAUACAAUAAUAUUAUUCAUUUUUUCUUUUUACUCCUAUUUUUGGUUAUAGAUGAUUCAUGUUUGAACACUGUAACAGAUGUUUUGUUCCUUUUUAUAAAAUGAAAAACAAAAAAAAUAAUUAAAACAAUUAAUAAGUAAUAGUAAGAUCGAAUUCUGCUACGUGAGGAAUCUUGGGUGUAAAAUUUACGGGCAGAUUUCUUGGAAAGCCUCGUCAAAUUGUAUGUAUGUAUUAAACAUGAAUCAAAGUGGUAUAAUGAUGGUGAUGUACCUACCUGAAAAAUUCGAUAUGCUGAAAAAUUCUUGUAGAAAUAAGAAAUUCCUUAAAAAAGAAUGAAUAUUUAAAAUACCUAUGAAUAAAGUAAUAUUAAUAUAAUAUUAGAAGCUGGAAUAGUUGGCACACGUGAAAAAGAGAGAUUUUAAAUAUGGUACAGAGAAAUUAUAAUGUUGAGUAUAAUAACGCAAAAAACAUCACCCAUAUUCCUGAAUUAUAAAAAUUUCCAUGGCUUUUUGUGAUGUAUUAUUGAAAAUAUAAUAUUAGUAUAAUAAUGAUUAAUUUACUCGUAUAGUUAUAGUUAGUAAGACCAUAUCAUUAUUAUUAAUAUCUUGUAAUUUAGAGACUAGUUAUUACAGUGAUAAUAAUAAUUUUCUUCGCGACAUAUGUCGCGCCUUAAUCGAGAUACAUAUUUAUAAUACAUAUACAUAUAUAAAUAUAUAUUUCGCUUAAUGGAAUGUUUGCAUCGUCUUAAAAGAAAUUUUCUUCUACAUAUUUAUAGUUUACCUCAUUUAUUCCUUCUAAAUUGUAAGGCUUUGUGGUGCUUAUUGAUUUACAACUUAUUAAGUUUCUUACUGUACCAACCAAUAUGUAAAGAACGAACAAAUAAAUAAUUUUAAGAGAUUACAAAACCUC